GCGCAUCCUGCCAGCCCACGUGGCCUGGGCCAUGGCGCGGCCCUCGCGGGAUGGCGGCAGCGGAGGCAGGCGCAGCAGGACGUACUGGAUGUGCAGCUGCGGUGGGUGGAACUGGGAAUGGCGCACCACGUGCCUUGGCUGUGGGUACGCGGCCCCGCCCUGGGCGCUGGAUGCUGCUGCCAAGACCAAGCCCCAGGCUGACAAGGGCGGCUGGGUGGAUCAGCCACGCGGACGCCGUGCGCAGCAGCAGGCCCGCAGUGCGGCAACGAGUGCGGCAACCUCCAAGUCGCAGACCUUCGGCGUCGGGCACCAGUGGGACGCCCAGCGGCAGCGGCGGAGCCGCCAGACGGAGUCGACUGUUGCUUCACCCGACGUCGUCGCCAGCCAGCUGGAGGCCAAGCGCGCCGAGCUGGCAGAGGCCCAGCGGGCCGCAGCGGAGCAGAUGGCGUCCUCCAUGCCGCUGUCGACGAUGCUCCACAAGGAGGCGAACGCCAUCGGCAAGGCGGAGAAGCGCCUCCGUGCAGGGCGCCAGAGCCUGGAGCAGAAGCAAGAGGCUCGUGGACUCGUCGAGGCCCAGCUGCAGAAGGCCCAGGAGGAGCUGGCGCAGCUCGACGCGGAGGUGGAGGAGGCCAGCCGUGCGCUCCACGCCGUCGAGGAGGAGGCCAGAGUGGAGGCUGCGACGCAGCUGCGCCAGCGCGCUGCCGAGCGGGCGGGGGCCAGCCAGGUCCCAGGGCUCCUCGCGCAGCUGGACGAGCUGCCCGAGGCAUGGGGCUCCAGCAACUUCGAGGUGGCGCGGGCGGCCAUUCGCUCCCAGGUGGAGGCAGUGCGCGCGCAGCUUGCCGAGGCCCCUGUCGCCCCGAGGAGAGCGCCCUGGGCGGAGUCGUGCCCCAUGGACGAGAUCAGCAGCGAGGACGGCGACCACGCAGGAGGCUGCAGGCACUGGCAGCCGCAGUGCGCCGCGGAGCGGGGCCAGGCCGAGCGCCGCGGCGACGCCCACGGUGAGUGGCCGAAGGUCGCCCAGGCGUGCAAGCGGGAGCUGGCGACCGAGGCUGAGGCCAAGCUGCGACGGCAGCUCAGGAUGUCCGCUGCGAGCUUCGGGGUCAACGGCAACGCAUGGAGGUGGAGCCUGGAGGGGGCCGAGGCCUCGGGCUCGCGCAGCGGGGCCCCGCCGCGCCUUGUAGUGCACCUGGAGACCCACCUGGCCCCGCGCCGCCUGGAGGAGGCCAGAGGAGCAGCGCGGCGCAUGGGCUCUACGGCGUUCCUCCACGCGUCGGAGCCCACGGACAAGGAGGGCCCGCUGGCGAGCUCAGGCGGCGUCGCAGGCUGGAAGCAGGGCUGGAGAGGAGUCACAGUGUCCACUUCGUCAGGCCUGCAGCUGCUGGCAUGCCCGCUGUACCUCCAGGGCGCCCUGGGACCCAAAGGCUUCAGCCUCGACAGCUUCGCUGCCUUCGGCGACUCGGUGCCCUACCAGAGUCCGCGGUUCAUUCCCGUCGUGGGCCUGGCCACCGAGACGUUCAGCACCAACGGGCCAGGUUUGGCGGGGAGGGCGUGCGGCCUCACUGUAGCCAAGCCGCCUGGGCUGGAAGCCCCCCACGCCGCCCCAGCGGGCGGCAGGCCGCAGGGUGUGACUCGCAACGUCGACGGCGACAUCGCACUGCAGGCCGUGGGCACGGAGCAGCUGGUGGCCGCGUGGUUCGGCGGAGCAGGGCUGGGAGUGGCGCGCCGCCUCCGUGGUCAGCGCCUGCCCCUCAGUGCUGCCAACAUGACCUUCCUCGCUCCGAGCCCCAGGCCAGGGCGCCAGCUCGGGGCGUGCGGGAAGUCGCAAGGCUGGACCCUGUGCGAGACCUUGCAGGCCAGGAACCUCGGCUCGGACCCCGCCAGCACGAGGUGGGGAGCGCAUGAGGGCAGAGUCCGAGCUGCAGGAGCGCUUCGCCGAGCGCGCAGGCUAGACCCGAUCCGCAAGGCUGAGCCCGCGGCCAGCAGGAUGUGCGGACGCACGGUCACGGGCAACGCGGACGGCGAGCUGCACAGUCGGCGGCUGGCGGCCAGUCGCAGCGCAGGAGCGCUCCCCAUGGGCGCAGAGCGAGGGCUGCGCAUGCGCUGUGCCGAGCUCAGGAGGAGGCGUAACCUGGACCCUGCAGCCCUCAGAGCAGGCCACGCAGUCCAGAUGAAGGCGGGCCUGCUGCAGGCAGGCGAGCUGCCGCCUAUGAUGAUGAAGCGGGGGCUGGAGGCGGCGGAGACCAGGCACGCAAGAACUGGCGUGCCACGGGAACACUGCGCCUCCCCCUCCGACGCGGAGAUGCUGACCCGUGCGCGGAUCGACUGGCACUUCAAGUCCGAGCGGUGCAUGGUCGCGGACCUCGGCAACGGGCUCGACCUCAUGCACCUCGGGCCUCAGGAGCUGGGAGGGGAGGUUGGCCCAGGCGCGCGAAGUGCAUCCGUUCGUCACGAGACGCGGAAGCUCAGCCGCGGCACCUUCCUGCUGGGGGCCCGCAUCUCCAACCCGCACUGGGCGCAGGCCAGGCUCCUCGAUGCACGGGAACAGGGGCAAGCACGCUGCUGCGGAGCAGAGAGAGGCACCUUGUGGCACCACCAGCUCGGCGGCCCUGUGCACGAGGCCCAGCAGUGCGACAAAAACCGCUGGCGGCCUGCGCAUCGGCCACCGCAGGGUCACCGCGCCGACGCCAUGGGGGUGCGUGGUGUCCGCAGGCCAUCCGAUGAGAAGCUCGACGGCAAGCUGUACCUCGACGGCGCGACGCUCGAGCCGCUGUUCGGCACCUGGCGCCGCGAGGGCGGAGCCACAGCGCACCGCGACGGCGACGGCAACCUGGUGGCAGAGGUCUACGGCGCAGUCGGGCGCAACCGCUGCCCGCAGCGGACGGCCGAGGACGGCGAGGACGUAGCGGCCUGGAUGUUCGCCACCCCCGCAAGGCCAGCAGUGGAGGAGGUCAACAUCGAUUGUUCGAGGCAUGCAGUGUUCGACGGGCGCCUGACGGAGGCCCAGAGGCGCGGCAACGAGCACGCCGACCGCCUUGCCGUGAAGAGGGCCCAGGCGCAUGCAGUGGACAAGCGGACCGUUGGCGUGCACCAGGCGCAGGCGGGGUUCGUGCAGGAACUCGGGCGCUGGAUCUGGUGGGCCGUCUGCCUCGGGCAAGGCAUCGAGGCCAGGGACGGCAACAGCUCGGCAGCCCUUUCGGCCAGUGCUGUGGCCUUCAGCAUCCUGGGACAUGCCCUUUCCUACGCCUGCGCUGGAGAAGGUGAGGGCACCCAGGAGCUUGUGGCGUGCUCCAAGUGUGGCGCCUACAUGACGCUGGGCGGCCGCUCAGGGGUGAAGCCUCGCCUCGAGGAGCGGUGCCCAGGCGACAAGACCGACAAGGGCGGCAGGAACCAGCGCAGCCUGUGGCUACGAGGAGACCCUUCGGAUGCGGCCGUCGUUGCGGCCGCCGCCAGCCUGCCCAAGCGGCGCCCGGCUGCAGCGAGGGCGGGGAGCCUCGGCGAGUUCGGGGUUGUCGACGAGGAGCUCGCCGCCGCGGCUGGCCCUGCGGGCGGAGCCCUGGAGGGCCGCAGGGUACGCCGCCGCGUGGCGCGCCGCGGCGGCCUGUCCGUGAGUGCGCAGCCCCUCGGCCAGCGCGGCAGUGGCCAUGGCGAGGUCCCCGGGUGGCGGUGGCAGCAGCAGGCGCAGCAAGUCCUAUUGGAUGUGAGGCUGCGGAGGGUGGAACUGGGAUUGGCGCGCCUCGUGCCUUGGCUGUGGGCAUGCGGCCCCGACUUGGGCGUUGGGAAUGUCCCCAGGCAAGGCGAGGCCCAGGGCAGACAAGGACGGCUGGGUGGAUCAGCCACGAGGGCGCCGUGCCCAGAGGCAGGCCCGCGGCGCGGCAUCGCGGGCACCCUCCACCAAGUCGCAGACCUCGGCGUCGGCGGCGAGUGGGACGCCCAGCGGCUCCAGGCGGCAGUCGAGCAGCUCGAGGCGCUGCAGGCCGAGCCGCCUGACGGAGUGGACGGCUGCUUCACCGACGUCGGGGCCAGCCAGCUGGAGGCGAGUCGCGCCGAGCUGGUCAGGGCCCAAAAGGCGGCAGCGGAGCAGGAGGCCUCCUCCUUGCCACGGGCGACGCGGCUCCACAGGGAGGCGAACGCCAUCAGCAAGGGUGAGAAGCGGCUCCGGGCAGCCCGCCUGGAGCUCGAGCAGAAGCAGGAGGCGCGCAACCUCGUCGAGACCCAGCUCCAGAAGGCCCAGGAGGAGCUCGCGGAGCUCGACGCGGAGGUUGAGGAGGCCAGCCGUGCGCUCCAGGCGUUCGAGGAGGCAGCCCGUGAGGAGGCGGAGGCGCUGCGCCGCCAACGCGCAGCCGAGUGGACAGGAGCCGGCCAGGUACCAGGGCUCCUCAUGCAGCUGGAGAAGUUGCCAGAGGCCUGGGGCUCCAGCAACUUCGAGGUGGCUUGGGCAGCCAUUCGCGCCCAGUUGGAGGCCGUGCGGGCGCAGCUCGAGGGGGCCCCAGUGGCCCCCAAGCGUGCGCCGUGGGCGGAGUCCUGCCCCAUGGAGGAGAUCUGCAGCGACGAUGGCGAUCUCGCCGACGGCGUGCCCAGCGAGACCUGUGCGGCGGGCCUGCGCCUGCACGAGUGCGGCCGCGCCGAGGUCGUCGAGAGCAAGUUGGUGGAGUUCCACGGCAUAGGCGCCAUCGACCCGCCCAGGUACCUAGAGCACGCUGCAGGGCCCAGCUAUGCGAUGGCCAGGAUUGCGGAUCCGCAGCAGCCAGCCGAGCAGCCACUCAGGGCUCGGGCUCAGGGACUGGUGGCGGCAGCAGCCAGGUGCGCUAUGGCCGCCUCUGGGAUGCGCUGGGCCUCGCCCGUCGACGCGGUGGUGCGGACCCAGGGGAGAGUCGACUGGUGCCUCGAGUCGGAGUGGAGCAUGGUCGUGGACCUCGGUGACGAGUGCGAUCCCAUGUUCCCCGAGCCUCGGGCGAGGAGCUCAGUUGCAAGCUCGGGUGCUGUGCAGGCCGUCAACCGCCAUGAGAGGCGGAACCUCUACUGCAGCCCCCUCUUGCUGCGGCUGUUGUUCGGGGGCGCCAUCGGGCGGCCGCUCGGGCCAGGAAUCGAGCGGUACGCGCCUCCUUUUCCCAACGCACUCGGGACGAUGCGUAUCUGGAGGCUUCGACAGCCAGUUGCUGUCGGCAGGCACAACGGCAAGCAGUACUUCGAUGGCUCGGCCUUGUGCAGCGAAGGGCUCCCUCCUGCUGGCGGGAUCGGCCAGGUGCACUCGGCUGCGGCAGCGGACCGCCCGCAGGCUGGUGAAGCCCGCGGCGGCGGCGCUCCAGCCGCGCGGCAACGCCUGGAGGACGGCCGCUCGACGGGGAGCAGCACGGCCGCCCUCUCGGCCACCGCUGUCGCCUUCAGCGUCCUGGGGCACGUGCUCAGCUAUGCUUGCGCGGGCGAAGGUGAGGACACCCAGGAGAUCGUGGCGUGCUCCAAGUGUGGCGCCUACAAGGUGCUGGGCAGCCACGCGGGAGGCAAGUCUCGUCUGAAGGUGCAGUGCCCAGGGCCCAGCUACCUGACCAACAAGUCAGGCAGGAACCAGCGCAGCCUGCGGGAGCGAGGGCUCCAUCCUGGAGGCAGGCCUCGGGCGGGCAAGCAGAGGGUGGGAGCUGAGGGCAUCCCUGCCUUGCGCUCGCAAGGGCCAGUGCCAGGGCGCGCCCAGGAGCGCUACCUGGAGUGGCUCGGCAUGGAGGCGGAGCCUGCAGGCACCGCCGAGGAGGAGCGCGCAGCCGCGAGCGCCGCGCCUAGCGGCGGCCUGGUGAGCCGUAGGGUCCGCCGCCGCCUGGCGUGCCGCGGCUCGGAGUCGGAGAGUGAUUGA